UUUUAAUAUCCCUGUGUUUUAUUGUGACAGCGAGGACAGGAAGUCCCGGUGUGUUGCUCUACUCUGUUUGCCGGGGACGCUCCGGGCUCAGAUACCGAUCAGCGGUUGUCUCUGACAGGACAGCCGAGCCCGAACGCUCCGCUCGGGGGUGGGGAUGCUCCGUUACGCACCGACGCCUCUGGAGGUGGUGUUUACGCGGGCGACUUCUGCAUGAGUGACCCGGUUACAGACGAGAUGUCUUCGUCCCCCGUGGAGUGAGUGAGUGUCCGGAGCGGCUGAAGUUUAGAAAGUGGACGUGUCGCGGUGCAGGACGAGGCCGGAGUGCGGGACACGAACCGGAGCUCCGCGCGUCUGGAGAGGAGCCGGAGCGCAGGAUGAGACGCGGGGAAGAGAAGCACGACUCGGACAUCACAUCGCCGUCUUCGUGAUUCACAGUUUCCCACCAUGGAGGAGAAGUUCAACCGACUCAUCUUCAUCCCCAUCGCGGCGGUGCUCUUCCUCAUGAUCGGGUACCAGUACGUGUGCCCGGCGGACUCCAACACCUGCUACUUCAGGAGCGAGGACCAGGGGCUGGUCCAGCGCUACUCGUCCGGGUUCGAGUUAGUUUACCCGGAGCCGGACGGGGACGAGGACCUGCCCUCUAAAAUCACCGCCAGAUUCAACUUCACGGAGCGGGACCUGGACCGACACGUCGACUUCAACAUCCGAGGAGACGACGUGAUGGUGUUCCUCCACAUCCAGAAGACCGGCGGCACCACGUUUGGGCGGCACCUGGUGAAGAACAUCCAGCUGGAGCAGCCCUGCGACUGCCUGCCCGGCCAGAGGAAGUGCACCUGUCACCGGCCGGGGAGGGCCGAGUCGUGGCUCUUCUCCCGGUUCUCCACCGGCUGGAGCUGCGGGCUGCACGCGGACUGGACCGAGCUGACGAGCUGCGUCCCGGUGGUGAUGAACAAGAGGGACAAGAAGAGCGCCCAGAGGAGGAAGAG